AUGUGCCAUUCACGCAGGAGCAGGUGGACUGGAUCGUCGAACUCCGCCGGCGCAUGCCGAAGAGGCCGAAGUCGGGUCUGUGGGAACAUCAUCCGCACCUCUGCCUGCCGCUGGCCAGGCGACUCCUCGCGGAGCGCGAAAGGCGACAGCCGGUCGCGCCAGCUCCCUCGCAGGCUCCAGAGAGCGCGCCACAAGAGCAGGCGGGCGAGGAGGCGACGCAACAUGAGGCAAACCGCCCAGAUGUCGGUGACACUGCAGCGUCAGCCGCCGCAGCAGCCGCAGCCGCAGCUGCCGCAGCAGCCGCAGCCGCAGCCACAGAGCUCAAGCGCAAGGUUGAGGAGCGUGCGAAGCAGCACGCGGCCAAAGAGGACGCCGGCAUCCCCAGCAAGCGGCGGGGCAUGGGCAAGCAGCGGCGCGCGGCGCUGGCCAAGCGCAAGGAGGCCGCGGCGAAUGCCGCCGGCGGCCCCGCCAAGGGGCCUCAGCAGCCCGUGCAGGAGCGGCACAUCGGGCGGCUGUUCAGCCUCCUGCCCUGCAGGCAGGGCUUCGAGGCGGUGCAUAUUACUGGCACCCUGA